AUGCAGCGGGCUCCCGAGGAGAGCAGAGUCCGCAUCCACCGCGCGCACCCCGACAGGAAUGCAGAGCAGACCCGGCGACACGCGGAAGGCACACGUGCUGCGCAGAACACGGAGGUGGGUGCGGAGGACGAUGAUGAUGGAGGAGAGUCAGACGUGCGUCCCCGACACCCUGUGCCCCCGACACCCUGUACCCCCGACACCCGGUGCCCCCGACACCCUGUGCCCCCGACACCCUGUGCCCCCGACACCCUGUACCCCCGACACCCAGCGUCCCCGACACCCAACGUCCCCGACACCCAGCGUCCCCGACACCCUAUACCCCCGACACCCUGUACUCCCGACACCCUAUACCCCCGACACCCUGUACUCCCGACACCCUGUGCCCCCGACACCCUGUACCCCCGACACCCUGUGCCCCCGACACCCUGUACUCCCGACACCCUGUACCCCCGACACCCUGUACCCCCGACACCCUGUACCCCCGACACCCAGCGCCCCCGACACCCUGUACCCCCGACACCCAGCGCCCCCGACACCCUGUACCCCCGACACCCAGUGCCCCCCGGUGCCCCCGAAACCCGGUGUUCCCGACACCCUGUGCCCCCGACACCCUGUACCCCCGACACCCUGUGCCCCCGACACCCUGUACCCCCGACACCCCGUACUCCCGACACCCAGUGCCCCCCGACACCCAGCGCCCCCGACACCCUGUGCCCCCGACACCCUGUACCCCCGACACCCGGUGCCCCCGACACCCUGUGCCCCCGACACCCUGUACCCCCGACACCCUGUACCCUCGACACCCAGCGUCCCCGACACCCAGUGUCCCCUACACCCGGUGUUCCUGACACCCUGUGCCCCCGACACCCUGUGCCCCCGACACCCUGUACCCCCGACACCCAGCGUCCCCGACACCCAGCGUCCCCGACACCCUAUACCCCCGACACCCUGUACUCCCGACACCCUAUACCCCCGACACCCUGUACUCCCGACACCCUGUGCCCCCGACACCCUGUACCCCCGACACCCUGUGCCCCCGACACCCUGUACUCCCGACACCCUGUACCCCCGACACCCUGUGCCCCCGACACCCUGUACCCCCGACACCCUGUGCCCCCGACACCCUGUACUCCCGACACCCUGUACCCCCGACACCCUGUGCCCCUGACACCCAGUGCCCCCGACACCCUGUACCCCCGACACCCUGUACCCCCGACACCCAGCGCCCCCGACACCCUGUGCCCCCGACACCCAGCGCCCCCGACACCCUGUACCCCCGACACCCUGUGCCCCCGACACCCUGUACCCCCGACACCCAGCGCCCCCGACACCCUGUACCCCCGACACCCAGCGCCCCCGACACCCUGUACCCCCGACACCCAGCGCCCCCGACACCCUGUACCCCCGACACCCCGUACUCCCGACACCCAGUGCCCCCCGGUGCCCCCGACACCCGGUGUUCCCGACACCCUGUGCCCCCGACACCCUGUACCCCCGACACCCUGUGCCCCCGACACCCUGUACCCCCGACACCCCGUACUCCCGACACCCAGUGCCCCCCGACACCCAGCGCCCCCCGACACCCUGUACCCCCGACACCCAGUGCCCCCGACACCCUGUACCCCCGACACCCAGUGCCCCCCGGUGCCCCCGACACCCUGUGCCCCCGACACCCAGUGUCCCCAACACCCGGUGUUCCUGACACCCUGUGCCCCCGACACCCAGUGCCCCCCGGUGCCCCCGACACCCUGUACUCCCGACACCCUGUACCUCCGACACCCGAUGCCCCCGACACCCUGUACUCCCGACACCCUGUACCUCCGACACCCGAUGCCCCCGACACCCUGUACCCCCGACACCCUGUGCCCCCGACACCCUGUGCCCCCGACACCCAGUGCCCCCGACACCCAGUGCCCCCGACACCCUGUACCCCCGACACCCAGCGCCCCCGACACCCUGUACCCCCGACACCCUGUGCCCCCGACACCCUGUACCCCCGACACCCCGUACUCCCGACAUCCAGUGCCCCCCGACACCCAGCGCCCCCGACACCCUGUACCUCCGACACCCUGUGCCCCCGACACCCUGUACCCCCGACACCCAGUGCCCCCCGGUGCCCCCGACACCCUGUGCCCCCGACACCCAGUGUCCCCAACACCUGGUGUUCCUGACACCCUGUGCCUCCGACACCCAGUGCCCCCCGGUGCCCCCGACACCCUGUACUCCCGACACCCUGUACCUCCGACACUCGAUGCCCCCCACACCCUGUACCCCCGACACCCUGUACCCCCGACACCCUGUGCCCCCGACACCCAGUGCCCCCGACACCCAGUGCCCCCGACACCCUGUACCCCCGACACCCAGUGCCCCCCGGUGCCCCCGACACCCUGUGCCCCCGACACCCUGUACCCCCGACACCCAGUGCCCCCCGGUGCCCCCGACACCCUGUGCCCCCGACACCCUGUACCCCCGACACCCGGUGCCCCCGACACCCGGUGCAGGUGA